AUGGAAGGCGACGUAUUGGAAUGGCUGCAGUACUGUCGUAUCGUCGAACGCGUUGUGAGAGAUUAUCUCUCACCGAGAAGGGAGCAACGAUUCUUAUUUCCUACGACACGCAGCGGACAUAUUUUCAUGUUGCAGAAUAUGCAUGUGUACCCCCAAACAUGCUUCCAGGAGUUUCGAAUGUAUCCUCCCAUGUUCGCACUGUUCACUCAUACCCUUCGCGAUCAUUACGGAUUGACGAGUAGUUCGAACAUAGAUAUAUUUGAACAAGUUGGAAUGUUCCUAUGCAUUUUAGCACACGGGAAAGGAUAUCGCCAAGUUCAAACCCUGUUCGGUCAUUCUUUACAAACCAUUUCGCAGUAUUUCAGGCGUGUCCUUCGCUGCGUUGUUGCACUAGGAGCCGAUAUUAUAAAACCACACCACAGCUACAAUGACGGCGUGCUUCAUCACCGACCGAACCAUGGCCAGUAUCCACUGUUUCAGGACUGCAUAGGUGCGAUUGAUGGCAUGCACAUUCGCGCGAUUUUGCCUCGACAUACAAUGGCAGACUUCAUCGGCAGAAAAGGAUAUCCAACUCAGAACGUGCUCGCCGUUUGUGAUUUCAACUUGUGUUUCACGUUCGUAAUGCCUGGAACACCUGGCAAUGCCCACGACAGCCGUAUUCUGGCUCGUUGCGUCCAUAGCCCGGAUGUGAGUUUUUCGGAACCGAGGAAUGGAAAGUACUACUUAGUGGACUCGGGUUUUGCACACCGACCGGGGUACAUGGCCCCCUACAAAGGAUCCGACAUACGGUAUCACUUUCAGGAAUUUCAGAACAGCAAUGGUGGCCGACGGCGUUUCCGAAAUGCACGCGAGAGGUUUAAUUUCCAUCACUCCUCCUGUCGUAAUGUUAUUGAGCGGACCUUCGGCGUUUGGAAGCAAAGGUGGAAAAUUCUUGAUCGAAUGCCGAGCUACUCGUUCAGAGCGCAAACUUUUGUUGUCGUGGCAACGAUGGCCGUUCAUAAUUUUUUGCGACGACAUGGAAGCCUCGACGAAGGAUUUCGCAGAGCAGAGGAAGCGGAGGACGAGGAAGUCGAGGUCGAUCUCCCAACUGAGGACGACGAAUUUGCUGGCGAAGAGCAUGCAAUUGGGGAAGAGGAUGUACCGUGGACACGACUUCGUGACUAUAUAGCUCAAGCCCUUAAGUGA